UUUCUCCACAGCCGGAAUUUGCUGAUGUCAUCCCUAAUGUUACUGUCCCCAUUGGCAGAGAUGCUGUUUUACAGUGCACAGUAGAAAAUUUAGAAACUUACAAGGUAGCCUGGAUAAAAAUGGACACUCAGACUUUGCUCACUAUUCACAAGCGUGUAAUUACACGUGAUAAAAGAAUAAAAGUAACUAACAAUAAUUUACAAUGGAAUCUGCAUAUCAAAGAAGUAGAUGUAAAUGACAAAGGUUAUUACAUGUGUCAAAUCAACACAGAGCCCAUGGUCAGUCAGCUAGGAUAUCUUGAUGUAUUAGUACCUCCAGCUAUAAUAGACAGUGGCACCAGCUCCGAUACUGUUGUUGAGGAAAGGUCCAAAGUCAGCUUACGAUGCGAGGCUUCCGGUUAUCCUAUGCCAAACAUCACAUGGCGCAGAGAAGAUGGAAAACAAAUAAAUACGGGUUCCUUUGGUGGUCAUAAGUUUCAUUUGCCACAAACAACAGGAGAGUAUCUGAAUAUAAGCCAAGUGACAAGAGAAGACAUGGCGGCUUACCUCUGCAUAGCAGCAAACGGUGUUCCGCCAUCCGUCAGUAAAAGGAUACUUCUUCAAGUUAAUU